AUGAGUGACAAAAUGAAUGGAUUCUCCAGUUCGACCAAGGCAAGCUUUGUCGAAGGAAAAUGGGAACAGAUGGAUACCUCGAAGAGCAAGAGGCAAAUGGGGGCCAGAAGGUCCAGGAAAUAUUCCGGCCCAAACCGACCAGAGGCCGAUCAUUCAGUCUGUGUAGCUCCACCACGGGAAGGGGAGGUAACCUGUGAAGCCCUAAACCGACAGGGUUCAGUUGCGCAGCAUCAUGCAUGGAAGGUAGAUCGCCGCCCGCUGGAAGUAGACUCGGUUCAAGCAGGCACUGGACGAGGACUUGUCGAAGUCGUCUCUCUUGUGCAGGGGGUGGACCGGGCAUAUUGGACCGGCGAGGUGGAUGCAUACUAG